AUGAAAAAAAUAAUAAUAAAAAGAAUACACAAAGGAACUUCACAUUCAAGACAUUUAAAAAUAGCUCAGUCUUAAGCAAAUGUAAAGCGUUAUCAGCUGUGCUUUUUGUCCGCAAUUAGUGUGUUACUGUGGAAGUGUAAUGACUUUAGUAAUGACACUACUCAUGAUAAAAGUUCAGAUGUUAAGAUCUGAGCUACAGCUGGAUGACACAUUUCAAAUGACUCAGAGAGGACUCCAGCAUCCCGAGCAGGCUGUGCUCAUCUCCUAGUCUGCCUUCACCCUUGGUGGCUUGUGAAUGUGCUGAUAGAGGAGCCUGUCCUAAAUGUUACAUCUGUUCCCUCUCUGAAGACCUGAAGCAUGCUCACCAUUCCCUGUGCUACUUGGCAGGCCGCUGUGAAGGGAUGUCACUAUUCUCUGCCUAGAGAUGGCUCGGGAUUCAGCAGACCUUGCUUCAGACUAUCAAUUUUGGCUGCAGAAGCUUUCUGUCUGGGAACAGGCUUCCUCUAAGGAAACCCAGCAGGAUACCUGUCUUCACUUGUCCCGGUUCCAGGAGUUCCUGAAGCAGAUGUAUGAGACCUUGAAAGAGAUGGAUUCUAACGCAAUCCUGGAAAGGUUCCCCACAAUUGGUCAACUGUUGGCGAAAGCUUGUUGGAAUCCUCUCAUCUUAGCAUAUGAUGAAAGCCAAAAAUAUCUAAUAUGGUGCUUAUGUUGUCUGAUGAACAAAGAACCACGGACCCCUGGAGAAUCAGAACUUAACUCCUGGAUCCGGAGUUUGUUAUCACACGUACUUUCCACGUUCAGAUUCAACUUAAAAGAAGUCAGUCUUUUUGCUGAAAAUCUGGGAUAUGAGCUUGUUGAUUACUGUCCCAGUUUGCUUAAAAAUAUGGUGUUGUCAUUAGUGUCUGAGCUUAGAGAGAGUCAUCUUAAUGGAUUGAACACUCAAAGCCG